ACCAAGACAAGACAUACUUUCUUAGGUUAUGUUAUCUUGGUUUAUUUCUUAUAACUUAACUGGGGUUUAGUGUAGUUAUAAUCCAUUGAAAUGGCAAAUUAUGGUGAAAUCGUUGAGUUGAAUUCAAGAUCUUUUGUGACUGAUGGUGAAGAAUGGUCAUUGGAGGAAAGGUACUCGAUGCACUCAGAACAUGAAGGUUCUCAAGACUUGGGACAAGCACAUCAAUAUUUAUUGGUAGCAAGUGGUAAAAUAUUGUGUGAUUUUUCUGCUGCUUUCCUCAUAUCUGAAGAUACAAAAAUCUUAAAUAGAUGGACUAUAGUUCUCAACUCAGGUGAAAAUGAACUAUAUUCAAGAAAGAAGUUUCCAUUUGUUCUUUACCAGUUGUCAGAAAACACGUUAUUGUUUGUCUGUGAACAACUUCCACAUCUUUAUUUUGCAAAUCACAUGUUAGAUAAGAUCAAACCUUAUAUAGAGAAAGCUGGUCAUACAAUUGUUCUUACAUCAGAAAACAUGUCAAGUUACAAACCUAGAAGUGACUUAUCAUCUUUUAUCAGAUCUCUCUCAACAAAGGAUUGUUCAUUGAAAUCCCAAGCUCAAUCACUAGAACUACCAAACACUAUGUCUGGGUUCCCAGCUGCAGUACUGUCUUGGUGUCAAGCGAAGAACAAAAGUGCCGUUGUCUACGUUCUCUACACAGAAUCCUCGAGUCUUGACUCAAUCUGUGCUCAGCCUGUCUUACAGAUGCUCAAAUCAUCCCCUUUUGUGAAAGUGCCUCCAUCAUCUAAUGAAAAACUCAAACAAUUUAUACAUAGAUCACAAUUGCAAUAUUCCAAUCUUUACCUGUAAAUUCAAUAAAGCAUUACUAUAAGAUA